CCCUUCAAAAAAAAGGACCACUCCCCAUGCAUUUUUCCAUAAUCAACAGAUAAAAGCCUGCUUCUAAAUUUCAGAAGAGUCAUUUUCCUUCUGCUCUGUUCGGUGCUUUAUUUCUGAAAGAGAUAUUCAAUAACCAGCGAGAAAGAAUCAUAAAGCCAUAUUAUUAUGGAAAGUGCAUCACAUGCAGAACUAUUCAACUAUAAAGGAUAUAAUGUAUCAACAGAAAUAAUGAAAUUUGACCUUCUUGAGUCAGUAGAAGAUUUUGAAGUCAGAGACAGUGAUAUAUUCAUAGUCACUUAUCCAAAAUCUGGAACUAUUUGGGUCCAGAAUAUUGUAUGCUUGAUUUUGUAUGAAGGCCAUCGGAAUGGAACAGAAAAUAUUUCCAUAGCACAACGGUGUGCAUUCAUAGAAUACAACUUCUACAAUGUGGAUAUGAGCCAGCUGCCAUCACCUCGUGUCAUUAUGUCACAUCUGCCAUAUUACUUAUUUCCCAAGAAACUGAGGGCCAAAAAGGGAAAAGUAGGCCAAUCUUGUUACUCUAUUCUAACUAUAAUAGUUAUUUACGUGUACCGAAAUCCAAAAGAUAUUUUAGUGUCCUAUUUUCAUUAUUCCAAUUGUUUCAAUGGAGUUGAAAAUUCAACUAAUUUGGAGGAAUUCAUGCAAAGGUUUUUAUCUGGAGACAUUGCUAGCAGUUUGGUCUUCGAUCAUGUGAAAGGCUGGUAUACACAUCAAAAUGAAUUCAAUAUUCUCAUCCUGUGCUAUGAGGAAAUAAUGCAGGACCCUAGAGGCACCGUACUUCAAAUAUGCAAAUUUAUUGGAAAAGAGCUGAGCAGCCAGGAAGUAGACAAAGUUGUGGAGAUGUCUACAUUAAAGAACAUGAAAGCUGAUCCUAGGGCAAAUUUUGUGAAUACAUAUGAAGAAUGGUUUAGAAUAACAAACAUGAAACAUAUACGCAAAGGAACUGUUGGAGACUGGAAGAAUAUUAUGACAGUAUCACAAAAUGAAUGGUUUGACAAAAUUCUUCAGGCACAAAUGAAGGAUAUACCACUCAAAUUCAUCUGGGAUCUAAAGGAAAUAGAAUCUACUCAGAAUGGGAAGCUGCAGGAACCUCUCCAGGAGGAAGCAGAGCAGAAAUGUUCAACACAGCCAUAAUAUGUAUAUGUAGUUUAAGCUGUUACAGUACACCUAUGCAUUUUCUGUAUGUACUGUAUAUGCUUAUGUGUAUUGUGUCCAUACUGCUUUCUGCUCAGUGUUGUUCCCUGCUUAAUGGAGCAACCUUAAAAAGCAUGGCUUUUGGUCACGCCAUCUUUUUCCAACAAUGUGUCCUGCCAUUCUGUUGGAGGGGGAAGAAGGUUGGCAUUUUGGGGAUGCUUUCGCUUUUGCUGCAUGCUUGGGAAAUAGAGAGGUGGAGACGCAGCACACUCCCUCCCAGCUGGUUCCAGGCAGGUUCGAAGGCCGUUAUGCCCUGAGAGUGGUCUGUUAUUUGCCUUGUACCUCAGUGUUAUCAAACCAUCUUCUUGGUUGCCAGUGGACUGGUCAGGGUGGCUGGGAUUGGGGAAAAUGAAAGAAUUGCUUUGCACUUUGUGUGGGACUUUCAGAGUCUGUGUGACUCUACUGCAACCACUUUCUGUCAGUAAAAGUUCUUUUGAUUCAA